AUGUCUCGAUUCUUCAAGAGAGCAGGCGAGUCAGACUCGGACACAGAAUCCUCGGAGGAGGAGCUCCUCGUCAGCGGCGAUGAGGACGAUGCUCCUUCUCAGCCAGCAGCAAAGCCAGCAAUGUCCAGAUUCCUCCGCACAGCAGGUGACUCGGACUCGGACUCGGACUCGGGUUCAGAUGAGGAGGAGAGCGAGAUGUCCGAUGAGGAUGAGGCCAAGGAGGAGGUCAAGAAGAAGUCCAGAUUCAUGCGCAGCGACUCCGAGUCAGAGGACGAGAGUGAUGAGGACGUCAAGCGUGUCGUCAAAAGCAACAAGGACAAGCGUCUCGAUGAGAUCGAAGCCACAGGAAAAGGCAUCGACAACGGUCUCAAGAUCAACGAUUGGGUCGUCAUCUCGAACGAAUUUGACAAGCUCCUCAGGCUCGUUCAGCGACAAAGCAAUGUUGCAGAGCCCAUCCCCCCUUUCUUCAUCAAGACAGUCAUCGGCAUGGAGACGUCCCUGAACGAAGCUAUUGCGAAGGAAAAGGAGGCAAAGAAGAAGAUGAACGCGACAAAUGCUCGCGCUCUCAACUCCAUGAAGCAGAAGGUCAAGAAAGCCUUCAAGGAAUAUGAGACGGAGAUCUCGUCUUAUCAAAAGAACCCAGAGGAAUUUGAACGUGAAUUCAUCUCGAUGGUUCAGCCUGAAGCCGCGACCGCUCAGAAGCCCAAGAAGGCGAAAAAGGCCGCAGAUGACACCACUACACCAGAGGUCGACGGGUUCGAAACGGUGGGCAAGGGCGGCAAGACCAUGCAGUUCUCUGUCGAGACCAUCUUCAAGACCUUAAAGGCUGUGAAUGAGGCCCGUGGAAAGAAGAAUACCGAUCGAACGGAACAAAUGCGCAUUCUUGAAAAGCUUCUCGAGGUUGCAGUCACCUCUUACCAGCGCAUCCGUAUCCUACUUGCUCUCGUCUCCUCUCGUUUCGACUACAACUCCUCCGUGGCUACCUUUAUGCCCAUUGAGCUCUGGCUAUCUGCUCAGCGCGAAGUCGAUCAACUGGUCCAAAUUGUUGCAGCUGAUUCCUCCUACUCCAUUCAGGAAGUCACAGUUGACUACGAUGAAUUGGAGGAGCGGUCCCCUGCCACUGAAAAGGGAGGCAUUGUCCAAGUUCGGGGUAGCAUCAUCAGCUUCGUUGACCGACUUGACGAUGAGUUCACCAAGAGUCUUCAAAACAUUGACCCCCAUGGUACGGAGUACGUCGAUCGGCUAAAAGACGAGAAGGUUCUCUAUCACACUAUUUGUCGAGCACAAUGUUUCUACGAGAAGACAAGCCAAUUGGAUCCUUUAUCGAGAGUUGUCAGUCGUCGGUUGGAGCAUAUAUACUCUAAGCCCGACGCCGUCAUAUCAGUCUUGGAAUCCUCGCUCUCAGCCUCUGACCUCGUUCCCAGCACGACAUUGGCUUCGCAGGGUUCUUCAAAAGCUCUCAUUCACUCCCUUUGUGUCCACCUCUACAAGGCAGAUAACUCACUACUUCGUACGAGGGCAAUGCUUUGCCAUAUUUACCACCACGCUCUUCACAAUGAGUUCCAUACUGCCCGCGAUAUGCUGCUGAUGUCUCAUCUUCAAGAAUCGGUCCACUCCGCAGACGUGCUUACUCAGAUUCUUUACAACCGCACUGUCGUGCAACUUGGUCUGAGUGCAUUUCGAUGCGGCCUCAUCAAGGAAGCUCAGAGCACUCUGCACGACAUCUUUGCGACGCAACGUGUCAAGGAACUCCUCGCUCAGGGUGUCCACCAACAACGCUUCCAGAAUAUAACGCCAGAGCAAGAGCGGGCAGAACGCCAGCGGCAACUUCCCUUCCACAUGCACAUCAACACUGAGUUACUGGAGGCUGCCUUCUUGGUUUCAAGCAUGCUUGUCGAGAUACCUUUGCUUGCUAGUAUUGAUUCAGACGAACUCAAGCGGAAGGCCAUCUCGAAACCCUUCCGUCGUUUGCUGGACUUUGCCGACCGUCAGGCGUUCACCGGACCGCCCGAGAGCACGCGUGACCAUAUCAUGCAGGCCAGCAAAGCUCUGCAAGAUGGGGAGUGGGAGAAAAGCCGCGAUUUGAUCCAGAGCAUCAAAAUUUGGGCUUUGAUGCCGGAGGCUACUUCAGUCAAGGAUAUGUUGGCUAGCCGUAUACAAGAGCAGGGUCUCCGCACUUACCUCUUCACCUAUGCUCCGUACUACGCAUCUCUCUCCCUCUCUCUCUUGUCACGAACCUUCUCUCUCCCCCUGCGCACAGUCACAUCCCUCGUUUCGAAGAUGAUCUGGAACGAAGAGCUCUCGGCUUCACUCGACCAAUCCACCGGUGUUGUCGUGUUCCAUCGUAUAGAGCAGUCCCGACAACAGCAAUUGGCCCAGGUCAUCGCUGACAAGGUCAACGCUCUUGUCGAGCAAAACGAGAAGGUCUUGGACACGAAACUCGGCUCUGGUGGGUGGUCGGACCGUGGAGAUGGCGCUAAGGGUGAGAAGCGCGAACAAGCUGCGGAACGGAAAGGAAACCGUAGUCGCGGUUCUGGUUUACGAGGAGGAUCUCGCGGCAGAGGGUCGCGGUUUGCCCAAGGUCUUGGCAACCAAAUGGCACGCACACGGUGA